AUGGCAGAAGUACCAGUCGUCCAGAUCCUGCAAAAGGAUAACUAUGCCAACCAGCACAUCGUCUCAUUGCCGGAUGAAGUGCCUUACCCGCCGCUCACCAACCCAUCCUCAUUACGGAUCCGCACCAAGGUCUUGAGUCUGACUGUCAACAACCUCACUUACGCCAAGCUUGGCUUUCUGCUCAAAUGGUGGGACUUUCACCCAUUGCCGCCCAGCACGCCCUCGGCACUUAGUGACCCGGCCAAGUACGGUCGAACCAACUGCUGGGGUUAUGCAGAGGUGCUGGAAUCCACGGUCACCAGCGUGUCCAAGGGCUCUUAUUUGUUCGGAUACCUACCGCUCGGAAACCUGGCCCAGGACGUGACCGUCAAGGAGGGCGAGGUGUCAGGUCAGGUCUUGAUCACCAACGACUACCGCCAAGGGAUCAUGCCCAUCUACAACCGUUACCUUGUUUUCCCGGCGAGCCUCAGGGAGCAGAUUGAUGCCAAGGCCGACACCGUGGCCAUGGACGCCGCGGUUCGGAUUAUGUAUGAGACCUCGUAUCUACUUAACCACUUUGCUUUCGCCGAGAAGUCCGACGACAUCCUGCACCCGGCAUCAGACACCAGCCGGCCGUGGGGUACGGGCGAGGCGGACCUGGCUGGAGCCACCGUCAUCCUGUUUGCGCCCGGAUCCAAGGUGGCGGCAGCAUUUGCAUUUGAGCUCCGGCACGCGCGGAAGCAGGCCAAGGCCAAACGGAUUAUUGGCGCCGCCAGCGAGUAUUCCAAGAGCUUUGUCGAGGGCACGGGUCUCUACGAUGAAGUCGUCAGCACGAGUUCCUCGCCCACGGAGCUGCUGGCGAAAUGGCAAGUGGGUCCAGAGGAUCGGGUGGUGAUUGUCGACUUUGGCGGCCGCGCGGGCGUGGCGCCGAAAUGGGCCGCCGAGAUUCAAAAGACCAACAGCCGCUUCACCAUUCUCAGCGUCGGCCCGUCCAUAAGCGCCAGUUCGCCUCAGGAUGUCCUUCAGUCAAUGGGAUCGGCGACGGGCGGCGCCAUCAUCUCGUCGGCCAAUGACAUGCGGUCGCGGGCCAUAGAAAAGCUCGGUGAGCAGGAAUACUGGAAGGGCCUGAACUCUGCCUGGGAGGGUUUUCGGAACCAAGGCAUCAAGGGCUUAAAGUUCAAAUGGGGCCACGGCAUGGAUGAUGUCAAGAAGGGAUGGGAUGCCCUUUGCACCGGAAGCGUUGUACCAGAGGAAGGCUUGGUAUUUCUACUAUAG